AUGACCGCACUGUCUGAUGAAAAGCUGCCUCUCUACUCGGCUGCUGCGACUUCAUCACUUCUUCCGCCACAACCUACUGCCACGCCAGACGAUGUCCGCGACUUCAUCGCCGGUCUUCUGGUCCUUACUCGAGAUCCUCCACUACAGCAUGCAAGGGAAACAGCCAGCAAGUGGAAGCUAGGAACGGGUCGCGAGUUAAAUGCCUACCCACCAGGUGUAUACGCCGAUAUCUUUGGCAGCGAAGAUGCAUGGAUGGUGUACAGGGAGACCCAGUUGUUUAUCCGCGGCAGAGAGAAGGGAAAGAAUACGCGAAAGGAUAGGCUUCGAAAAUGUUGGUUGUCAAUGCGUCCCUUACAAGUAGAAGAUGCUGAUAAUUCAGAUAGGGGCUUGAGCUAUCGCUAUUGUGAUCAUUAA